GGUCCUAGUGUUCCCGGUGUACCAGGUGUGCCCGGCUCCACCCCGGGGGCUGGAAUGCGGAAGCAGCGGGUGCGGGAGGAGGAGCCCGGGGAGACAGAGCAGGGAGAUACCCGGAGACAGACAGAGCCCGGGACACGGGGGAGACCGGAGACAGAGCCCCGCUGGGACACGUGGAAGUUGCCCGGAGGCCAUUGAUUGGGAGAGGAUAGUGCAGCCGGUGCCGCUGGCUAGCAGUGCCAGUCCUACCAUGCCACCCACCCUGUGAGCCAUGUCUGCCGAGACCGCCCCACCCCCGGACCAUGAUACCGUGCCCCCUGCCCCGGACCUGGGCUCUGCGGAGCCCAAGAAAAAGAAGCACAAGACGGGCACUCUGCGGCGGGCACUGAGCUGGCUCCGCGGGCGCAGCAAGAAGAAGAAGCCAGAGGUCAAACGGCAGCAGGAGGGCAAAGGUAUUUCGAAAGCCGAUGGCGACCCUCCGCCAAUACCAACUCCAGAAGAUGAGCACCAGGAUAAUCUCUUCUUUCCCACCGGACGCACACCUGUCCUGGAGGAAAUCCAUAACCAGGCUCAGGAAGGGCUAAAAUCUUUACAGAGAAGGGAGAAACAACAUGGCCACUCUACUGCCUCCCAGGAUGAGAACAAAAAUCCCCAGCACACACAUGACAAUGUUGAUAACGGCUUCCGUGCCCGUUCACAUUCCUGCAGCACAGAAAAUACAGAUGAUGCUAUGUCUGUUCGAUCAGAGAUGAUCCAACGCAAAGGCUCUACAUUUAGGCCUCAUGAUUCGCCUUCUGGAAGGUCAGGGAGGAGACGCAAGGAGAAGAGAGCUACUGUAGUUGGGGUCCCACAUCACAUUGCAGCAGAACUGGGUGUUCAGUCCCGUUCUUCUGGCUCACAUCGUGGAAUCCAUGACUUUUUUGCCAGAGAUCACCAUGUGACCAAAAAUAGAUCACCAUCCCCAGUGAUAAAUGGUAAACUGGGGGCAGAGGAGGGAUUUGUGGUGAUUCCCACAGUGGAUGGUAAACCUAGUGUAACAUUACAUGAUGGAGCUCGUGUCUCUCUCACAACAUUGGAACACACUGAAGCCACUCUUCAGCGACAUAUUGACAGAGUGUAUCAAGAUGACAGCUGCAUUGGAUGGAAGUCUGGACCAAAGAUUUCCCCUUUGCUCAUUCGUCCAAAAUCUCUGGCUGUUCCAGGGAUGACUACACAUUCCCCCCAAAGUGACCAUGUUGGCCCUGUCAUGUGCAUAUCACCCCAGGCAACCUAUAUGUCCAAGAUCAUUCCAAAUGCAGUUUUACCUCCAAUGGUUGAUGUGGUUGCCUUGACUAGUUCUAGUGUCCGAACUCUGAGCAGAUGCAGCCUGACAACAGCCAGCCCAGCAUCUGUUCGUGGAUCUCUGCACAGAGGAAGGGGUCAGUCUUUCUCCAGUGAAAAUUGGAGCCGCUCCCAGUCCACCGAGACUAUUGUUUCAGACUCCUCCACUAUUUCCUCACAUGGAGAUAUCCUUCAGGAAGCGGGUGAGAGGCAUGAAUCCGGUUUGAGUACAGGUAGGGCAUCUCCAGCACCCAGCACAGGCACGCAAGAUGGGUCUGAUGCUGCCAGCCUGUGCAGUGGUCGUUCUUCCAUCCGUAGUGUGUCAUUGCGGAAAAGUAAGAAAGCCCCACCACCUCCUAAGCGAACCUAUUCCCUGCAACAGCAGCGGGAAAUGGGGCUUCCACCCAGGCCUGAGAGAAAGCCAGUCAGUAAGCCCAACCAGUCACGUGAUCCAUGGGUAUUGCGAACAGAAGGGGUGAUGGUAGAUACGGAUGGAGGCAAACUAAGCUCACCAAGCCGUUCAGAUAGAACAUUGUCUCCCUCUAGUGGUUACUCUAGUCAAAGUGGAACACCCACACUGCCUGCAAAAACUCUGAUAGAGUAUCCAGAGUCUCCUGGAACUCGUAGAAAAACACCUCCCAAGCCAGAGAGAUCUAGUAUUGUUAAAUCACAAGUAGUUGUGUCAAUGACCUCUCCGUCAUCUACUGAAAAUACUUUUGUUUUUGAAAGCCCCCCAAGAGCUGGCUCUACAAUGGGAGACCAAGAAACACAAUAUGUAAUCCCUCCACACCCAAAGGUUCCUGCUCCACUUUGCCCCCCACCCAGCAAGACAUCGGGGGUUACAGGAACGCCUGGUGCCACUCCGCCCCCAUCUCCACCUCCAUCUCAUCAUCCAACACCACCACCAACACGGAAAUCUGAGUCUGAUGUGGACAUCCCACCUGCUACAUUGGAAGAAGAUACACAAAGGGAUCCUUUGUGGCCUCCACCUCCCCCUGAAGCUCCAGAUGAACAGGAUUUAUCCAUGGCUGACUUUCCUCCACCUGAAGAUGACAUAUUCUUGCCCAUUCUGCCAUCUUUGAAACCAGAGCAUCAUGCAGACCACAUAUCUGCCAAUGCUGGCCACGUAGUAGUGGGUGAAAAGAAUGAAAAACAUGAAGUUCUGAAACCUAAUUCUACACCUGUGCUUUCUCUUGCCACAGAUAGCCCAUCUGCUCCAGUACUGCCUUUAACCACAGAGCCCACAGAACCUGUGCCUCCAUCCACAGAGUCUUUGCUGGCCCCUCCUGAUAAAGAGCCUUUAAAUGAAGCCUUAGGACUCUUAACAUAUAAGCCACAUUUUGUAUCAAGCCCUACGUCAACCACUAUACCCACCGGACCACUUAAGCCUGAUGUGCCACUCCCUUCUGCUGUGGACCAAUCUGAAACCACUAUAAAACAAACUACUUUGACAGCAUUAACUGUAAGCACUGUAUCAGCAUCUGACUCUGUGACUACUGCUCCACAUCCUGUUGCAUCUACUGAAUCUGCCAAUCCACCAGUGCCAGACAAUAUCAGUCCGUGGUCCAAGCCAAGUGUCUUGAGACCAGUCAGUGCCCCAGGGGGAAGUUUUAAGAAGGUGGCAACCCCUAACCAAAUUGUAGCUCCUGCACAAAAAGAAGAUGCAAAUUUGCCCAUUGUCACUCCCUCUCUACUUCAGAUGGUUCGACUACGUUCUGUACAAGUUAGAGGACCACAAGUACACAGCCCUCAACAGACAACUGGAUUCUCAGCUCCCCAGAAACCAAUACGCAAGUCUUUAUCCCUUAGGUCCCCCCCAGGGCUUGACUCUCCCUCAGGGGAAGUUCCUGGGAGUUCUUCCCAGAUUCCAAUAAAACACCCAGACCCUGGGCAUUCUCCUUCUGCACACAGAUCACCAGCUUCUGCUGCUAGCUUUGUGUUUGCGCGAGCAUCAAGGAAGUUUGUGUUUGAGCCUCCCGCAUCCCAGGAGGCUGAGGCUUCCCUAAAAAAGGACUUGGUGACUGAACUUAAGUCACAUGGGGGACCUCGCAGCCCAGAAGGGAAACCCCCAAUUCAGAGGAAGCCUAGCAAGAUCCCCCCACCUGUAGCCAGGAAACCAUCGAUCGGUAUGCCACGGACUCCCACCAGCCCUCAAUCACCAACAGCAGGGAAAAGUGGCAGUAUAUCUAUACCCUGUGGCCCAGGGACAACGCCACCAGUAAAUGGGACUAAUGUAGCUGUGACAGUGGCAGGCCAUGAGCAGCAGCAUCAAAGCCCUGCAGAGAAAGGUAACAUUAAUCCUGAGCCGGUCAUGGGGAAUGUUCAGGGACAUGCGAUCUCAGGGACACCUCUAUGAUGCUCUGCAGAAGACCCCUGUACUACUGGUCACAAGAUUUGCCUUAACCGUGGAUAGCCUUGGUAUUUAUGCAUCAACUGGCGAUGGAUUUUACUUUAAUUUUAUUUUGCAAUCUGUUGUUGGACUGCUAUUCCAUGUUAACAAGAACAUGGAGCUCCCUCUGGUGUUAAACAAAAAUGCUGCAGUUACAUAGUCAGUAGUAUGGAUCAACAUCUGAUGGGAAAACUACAGCAUCCUACAGUUUUAGCCACAAACUCAUGCAGGACUUUGAUCUAAAUUUCAUUUUAUUUUUAAAAUUUUAGUAUAGUUCUUAUUUUUUUCAAUCUUUGGCUUGAGUAUCAGGUAGCAGCACUGCCUUCUCUAGUUGAUGCAAAAUGAAGUCAUCUCACUGAUCCUUAAGCCUUGGAAAUCUAGAAAUGCUGGUGUUAAAGAUUAGAAAUCUGCACAGAAGAAUUGUAGAAAUCAGAGCACUUCCCUAUAUAAUGCUGCAGCUUUUUUUAUUUUCCCUUCUUUUGAACCCUGCGGCUCUCUAAAAUGUAAACCUAUUGUCUUGGAAGUUAAUCAGACUUUAUCAGAGAUAAAUCGUUGAUAUUUGAGGAUGCAAGCACAGAAUUCUAUCCCAUUUGAUUUUAAACAGACAGAGAGGAAGCAGACGUCCUCUCAAAGUAUACCGACCAUUCUACACAACUUGUGUAGCUUAACAAUAUGCCUUACUGUCAUGGAUAGGCAGACAUAAAAUAUCACUUUAUGAAAGGUCAUUUGUUUCUAUUGGACAAUGACUAGCCUCAAAGCAGGCUGCAUAUCAUGGGGAAUACAGCAGAAACAUAGGAGGUGACAGUGUUGGUAAACACUGGUAUAUGACAAUCGAGAACAUUCACACUGUAUCAGAUUAUAAUCAGGUGUGAUUCCUCAUUUCAUAGUUUAAUAAGGCAUUUCAAUGCCUUUUUGUUUUAUUUUUAAAGUGCCUUAAUCUGGCAGAUUUACCAAGGUGUUAUAUUAAAUAUUUAAGCUAGCUGGUGCCUAUUAAUUGCUUGAAUAAUUAAGCAAUAUCGAAUGACAAUUGCAAACAUUCCUAAACUAUUCAGCUAAAAAUAUAUAUGAAUGAGGAAUGAUAAUGAUUAAGAGUGCAUAACCAAUAGCAACAGACUUUUCCUCUCUCAAGCAUCCUUGUAGUGGAAGGCAUGCAUUUUCCAUGAUUUAUCUUGUGUGAGCCUUGGCCAUAUUUCAUAGCAGAUACUUUCCACUGGUUUUAAUGACAAUCUAGCAUAACAGGCAUAUAGGAAUGUUAUCAUAAUGACACUACAAAAACUAUACAGUUAUGAAAGAUUUUGAGCAUGACUGUUGCCUUAAUUUAAGUCCUGGAUUUAUUAUAUUUAAUUGCACUCCCUUUUUUAAGGAUUGAAUUUGGUUCUGAAUGUCUACUUUAGAGCUUGUGAAAGCACAAUUCCUAAUUAGAAACUAAUUUCUCAAAAGGUAUAGUUUACUAUGAAGUGGACAACACGAUGUACAACAACUGUGUCUUUCACGUAUUACGUAAGAAAAUGCAGGCCUAGUCUAAUGCUAUUUUGUUUGUGGACAGUAUAUGGUGAUAUACCUUAUUUCACCUUGUGAGUGCAUGUAUGCAGUACGUUUAUUGUGCUGUGUUUUGUGGAUACUCUCCGUUUACGUGCGCAAGCUUUAACUCAGCUGAGAACAGUUUAGUACUAAAUCGUAACAUAUGCAGUUUUUCCUGUUUGUCACAACUUGUUCGGACCAUACAGUGAGCAGGGAAAUAAGGGUUAAGCUCAGAUAAUUUACCCUGACUCAGUAUUACAAAUCACUGUGCCUAAGAGUAAAACAAAUUCCUCUCUAACUAAACCUAUUGAAUUUUUUUUUUUUUUUUUAAAGUCGCUUUUAUACCAACACCACCUAUUUUAGGCUUGAUUAUUGGGUCAUAAGCUGUCACACCAAGGUUUCCCUAUUAUUUUGCAAUAUAUUUAGAUCAGUCACUUUAUAUACACGUUUAACAUAUAUACAUUUACACACACUGAAACGUGGAGGUCUGUGUGAAGCCGCUACAAUAUUGUACCCAGGAGUUUGAGCCUUGACAUGUAAAAAGAUACACCAGACAAUCUAUGAAUAAUAAUUGUAUUUGGCCUUUAUGGACCCAGGAUAGCCGCAGGGUUGUGGUAUUUUCUUUUUUGGGUACAAAGGGGAUAUAGGAAACCUCAGCUGCAUCUGUAAUUGCCUCUGUAUGCACAAAGUUAAAUAUAUAUCCACAUAUAGGUAUUUAUUUACAUAAACAGAGCUUUUACAGUAUGCAGCCCCCAGAGUAGUGACCAAAUUGUGGUUAUGCUUCUAGUAGAAGAUGUAUAUUUAUCUUAUGCUUUGAUCUGAGAUAUAUAUAUAUAUAUGAACCAAACAAUCCUUUUAUAAAUGCUGUUACCAAAC